AUGGUUCCCCCACCGCCUGUCAGCAAGCCCCACGUGUGCCUCUCUACUGUGCUUAUCAUGACCAGCCUUGUCCUCAUGGAUGCCUACCUGGUGGAGCAGAGCCAGGGCUCCAGGAAGCUGGGCAUCUGUGUUAUGGUGGCAGUGGGUGAUGUGUGCUUCCUGCUGGUGCUCCGCUACGUGGCCAUCUGGGUCGGGGCAGAGGUAAAGACAGCAAAGCGGGGCUACGCCAUGAUACUCUGGUUCCUGUAUGUCUUUGUUCUGGAGAUCAAAGUCUACUUUGUAUACCAGAACUAUAAAGCUGAUCGGAAAAGCCUGGAUCUUAUAGCCCGCAAAGCGCUGACCUUGCUGCUCUCCAUCUGCAUCCCAGCCCUCUAUGUGUUGUUGGUGGCCACGGAACACAUGGAGUAUGUCAGGACAUUCAAGAAGAAAGAAGAUCUCCGCAACCGCCUCUUCUGGGUCAUUGUGGACAUGCUGGACGUGCUGGACAUCCAGGCCAACCUGUGGGAGCCCCAGAAGAAGGGGCUGCCGCUCUGGGCUGAGGGCAUCAUGUUCUUCUACUGCUACAUCUUGCUCCUGGUCCUCCCUUGCGUGUCCCUCUGUGAGAUCAGCAUGCAAGGGAUUGGCAUCAUGCCGCACCGGAUGAUGCUGUAUCCCAUGCUGAGCAUGCUCACUGUCAACAUCACCACCAUCUUCAUCCGAGGCAGCAACAUGGUCUUCUUCAGGGACGCCCGGGUCUCCAGCAUCUUCAUGGGCAAGAACAUGCUGGCCAUUUGGCUGAAGGUCUGUACGUUUGUGCAGUACCAGCGGCACCGGCACCACGUGGCCCUAGGGCCGGACCUGGCCCUGCAGCACAGCACCCAGGCCCAGCCCUCCCCAGGGCUGCACAAGUCCCGGGACCAGCCUGCCUGCCCUGAGGAGCUGGCCCAGGACAACACGUGA